UUACCAUUCCACUUCGCCUCUUGACAAUAGAAACCGACGUUCACUCUGUUCCCACUCACACGUCUUUCAACGCAUAUGUUGUUGUUAACCGACAUAAAUGUGUAUUGUCACUCGUAAAUUGUUCAGUUUAAUUUUGUCACAAGAUAGAACAUUACAUUUGGCAUAAUUCAAUUUAUUCCAGUCGGUUUUAUUUUUCAUCUUUGGAUCAGUUUUACUGCAGACAUGGUCAGGGUCGUAUUUUAGUCACUGCAGUUUAAAAAAAAUAGAGAUUUUUCAUUAACUUUUGCCUUCUGGCACGUAGUCUGAGCACAAGUAAAAAAUUGCGAAAAUGGCAGAAACCGUCCUCCUUUUACAGAACUUUCACGAGAAAAUAAAAACCAAAACUACUCAAGGAAAUGGCUUGUUAUAUGGAAUACCCUGUGGAACGACAAUUGUUAUACUUGGUGCAUGUUUUAACAAUACUGAGAAAUUGAUUAAUGCUGAAGCGAUGAUAUGUAAACUUCCAUCGGGGGUGCAAAAAUUAGGAUUGGUGGAAGUGAACAAUGAAGCAAACCUAACGGACUUUCCAAAUUCUUGCCAGAUGGAGUUUCAAGGAUUUAUUUUAAUGAAGGAUAUCAAAUCAGAAAGGAUCCAAUUGAAAAAAAUGGUUCAACACAAUUUUCACACUGUUCCAUUUAAUGUCAUCGAUAGUAAUGAAUUCAAUUCAUUGGUAAUGACAAUGAGAGUAAAAGGUAAUUUCUCUCUUGGUGUCUCCGAUACUGGAGAACUGCAAAAUUGUAUUCAUCAUUUGAAAAAUCAGAUAACUACAAAUGAGUGGUUUGGCGUCAAAAUUGAUGAGUCCGAAAAUUGCAUUACAGAAAAAUCUUUACAGAACAACAAGAAUUCGAUUUCAGAAUUAAGCGUUGAUACAUCUUCUAAGAGUAAGAUAGAUUUAAAUCUCUCUGUGUUGGAGCCUAAAUCACAAAAUGUAGGAGAUGACCUGAAAUCAAUGGUAUAUACUACAGAACUUCCAUUGACGAAAAAACAGAACAAACUUUGUAUAAAUAUUUGCAUCGAUGCCUUAUGCAUUACUUGGAAGAAGACCGCCCAGAGUGUGUUUAUAGAAAACAUUAAACAAUGUAUCAUCAAUUAUCUCAGUUUAUAUUAUGAUGCCUACUGUAAAGAAAUGUCGGCAAUGUCUGUUUUGAAAAGCUAUCAUUUCAGCCCUGAACCACUAGGACACCCUUUAACCAUAAUAUACAGCAAAAGCAAAAAGGACGAUAUUCAUGAAUCUGAAAGGGAGAAGUUACAUAUAUUGUUUGACCUUCCUUUGAAUCAGCCUUAUUUUAGAAAAGGUUGUUCUAUUACAAGUCACAAUUUGAUCUCCAAAACAUGCCCAAUCACAAAUGUCCAUGUAGGCUUGAGUCCAUCAGGAUUAACCAAUGGAAAAUGUGUCGUCAUCAAGCGUAACUAUUCAUAUUUUCAUUACAUGCAAAAUAAUUUUAAUGAUUCUGGUUGGGGCUGUGCCUAUCGUUCGUUACAGACCAUUUUCUCAUGGUAUUUAUGGCAGGGUUAUACAGAUUGCAAAGUGCCUGAUCACAAAGAUAUACAAGAAUGUUUAGUAAAAUUAAGGGAUAAACCGAAGUCUUUCAUAAACUCGAAGCAAUGGAUUGGAUCUAAUGAAAUUGCUUUUUGCCUAGACGAAAUGAUCGGAGUCCAAUGCGAAAUCUGUCAUAUUUCGUCACGGGAAGAACUUGUCAAUUAUGGAAGCAAAUUAGAAGCUCAUUUCUUAUUUAAUGAUACUCCUGUGAUGAUAGGGGGAGGACAGUUGGCGCAUACAAUUAUCGGUACACAUUUUAAUAGAGAAGAGGGUGAAAUCAGAUUUCUAGUCCUCGACCCUCAUUACAUAGGAAAAGAUGAUAUUAAAAGUAUACAGUCGAAAGGAGGAGUAGCAUGGAGACCAAUAACAUUCUGGGAAAAGAACACUUUCUUCAAUUUGUGUCUUCCAAAAUCGCCAAAAGUUGCAUACUGAACAUCCUUAACUCUACAUAACAUCUUAGAACAAUGGACUUGAAAAUUUGAUAUUCUUGUAAAUUUAUAUACCUAUUAAUUGACAUUUAUUGGCAAUCACAUAAUAUAAACUUAAUAAGUUAAUAAAAUUAAUAUAAAAAACUUGUUUUCUUACAAUUAUGAAGAAGAAGGAAGACAGUAUUUUGAUAAGUGAUCAUUGGACCAUAAUGUUUAUGCAUCUUUUUCCUUUAUUAAUUCACAAAGUAAAAGUAACAAUGAUUUUUUUCAGGCAUAUGGAUGAAUUUUGAUUGCCU